AUGGGCGCGUGCGUCUCCGUCGAGCCCCAAGUGGAGGCGACUCGGGCCCGCACCAAGGGCGCACGUUCCGGGAGGAACCCUCGGUUGAGCACCGUGGGCGAGAACAAGCAGCACGCGAGGAGCGGGCUCGUCAGCGUGCGGGCCACAGCCCUGAAUGAGGUCAUGGGCUCAGCUGGCGGAACCGGCCUGGUGUCCGUCCGCGGCGGGCCGCCCGGCGCGCGAAUCGGCGCACAUCCGAGCAAACGCAGCGGCAAAGUCAGCGACACGGGGAGUGCACCGGGCACCAAGACGCGACGAACCUCCGUCGUUUCGGACUCGACCGACGGGAAGAAGGUCUCGAGGUUCGCGGCUCGUGACGCGGCGAUCGCUGCCGCCAGCGUCCACGAGGACUUGGCGGGGCUGCACCGCGCCCAGGUUGCAGCGCCAACCCCGUGUCACACACUCCCCCACCACAAGUCCGCGAUGGAGUUGUCCGAACUGGAGAGCCGGCCGGACGAUUUCGCGCGGCCCGGCGGGGGCGGGAUGGUGCACCCGCGCUUCGGGGCAGGUCAGGGACAGGCGGCGCAGGCGUUCACGCCCGCGGUGGCGCAGAGCCUGCUGCCCACGAUCAACGUCGGUGCCGCGCCCCCCGAGGCUCAGCCUGCGGAGAUGGGGGACUGGCUGGCCGCCCUCGAGAACAGGGGCGCCGAGGACAACGUCGCCAAGGUCGAGCAAGUGCCGGGACACGCCCACGCGGAGCUUGUCGUAGGCGGCGGCCGCGAGUCCGAAGACGGCGACGCGGGCCUGAACCUGAUGGACGCGAUGGACGAGAUCAUAGAGGGGGAGGCGGAUCGAAAGACGCAGGGCGACGGGAUGCGGCUGAACGCCGCCAUCGACCGCCUGGACGUGGACGCGACGCCGACCGAAACGCUCUGCGACGUGCUGAAGACGGCGGCGGAGGAGACGGGCGUGGUCAGCCAGCACCCCUCCUACUCGCAGCUCCUCCCGGGGUGUGUCGCGCCCGGAGCCUGA